GGUACAACUGUGUUAAGUUCUGAACGUGCUCGUAAUGUGUUCGACAGAUCCGGUGAUAGACGGAGGGAUUUAAAAUUCAGAACAAAUCCUAACCUGUAAUUCUGUGUCUUUGUGAUAUAAACAAACAUUUAUCUACUUUCAAGAUGAUGCGAAUGAUGCAUUUAAGUUCAAGUGACGAAGAUUUGGAAGAAUUGAACGAAUUGUUUCCAGAAAAUGAGAACUUUUGUGAGGAAACAGUGCCCCAAUUCAACGAUCACCAUUUUUAGGGGCAUUUUAGGAUAAGCAGGGAAGUAGCAACCCAAUUAUCAACAGAGGGAUUUACGUAUUUUUUAUCCAAUUUGUCUGCGGAAUUUAUAAAAUCGCCAACUAACGAGGAGAAAAUUGAAAUUGAAAGCCACUUUAGGCAAGACGAAUUUCCUGGCAUUAUUGGCGUCAUUGACGGUACACACAUUGAAAUUGACAAGCCACAGGAUGAUCCAGAUUUAUACCUUAACAGGAAGCACUUUUUUUCGAUCCAGGCACAAGUUGUUUGCGAUCAUAAAAGGAAAAUAAGGGAUAUAUUUGUCGGAUACCCAGGAUCCAUACAUGACAGUCGAGUGUUUCGGACAUCACCAUUAUUUGGAACACUUCAAGAAAAAUGUGGAAAACACUUUAUUAUUGGACACAGUGGUUACCCUUGUUUACAAUAUUGCCUAACUCCAUUUCAAGAUAGAGUUCCACCAGCACCAGAAGCACAGAAUGAAGUAAUUGUUGGACAUGCAGGAAAUGAAAAUCAAGAUGAACAAACUGGGAUAACAAAAAGAAAUGAAGUAAUGAAUAGCUUAAAUUUUGUAAUUUAGUAUGUAAUGUGUAUGUAUUUUUAAUAAAAG